GACUACAUCCCCCACAAUGCCUGGCGCGGCCGAAGCCUACUCUUUCGCAGACGAAUAAAAGUGUGAUUGUGGACGUCAAUACACGGCACAGUCGCGUUGGCCAAGUUGAAGUGAGCGGCCCACUUGUGAUUUAUUUGUGAUUCUCAAAAAUGAAGUAAAGAUGUCAAGAAAACAUUCCAAAAAAAAGAGGGAGAAGCACAAAUCUUCACCUAGAAAAUCAGAGUCACCAAGGCACAGUCCGAACCAUGUUGGGGAAAAAAGCAAGACUGAUCAAAAAAUACAAUAUCGUGGAGAGAGCUCACUAUCAGUGCAAUCUUCAUCUUCACAAUACACAGGAAAAAGAAAAUUUAGCCAUGUGGAGUUUGAAACUACCACAACACUCAAGCAGUCCAUAGAAGAACGGGCUAUAUCUUACCGGCCUAGAUCACCAGAUUCAAAGGAAAAGCAUGAAUUCAAUUUACACAAAUGUAAGCAUUGUGCUGUUCCAAGUGCAGCUUCGAAUGGGACAACCUCGUCAUCUGAUCAUGAAAAAAGCAGAUCCAAAUCAAAGCAAAAGAAGAAUCGGCGAGAAGAAAGUAAAAAAGAAAAGCAAAGCAGUUCACCAUCUACGAAACACGCAGCUUAUGCUCACAUCCCAGGAGAGCAGACGAGUGAAUGUAAAAAAUGUCAAUCUUCUGAAUUUUGCAAGCACUUCUUUAAAUGUGAAGUAGAUCUAGAGGUGCUGAAAGCAAAAAUAAGUGGGCCUGCAUAUAGAAGCUUACAAACUGAUUUUCAAGACUUUGUUAGUAAAUCAUAUUUGUUGCACGAAGCUGAAGAGGCUUGUAAGAAAGAUGCAAGUAAACAAUCCACAGUAGAACCUGCACAGACAUCAGACAAACUCACUGCACAUGAUAAAUUUAGACGAGUUAAUAAUGAAUUUGAGAUUAAAGAACCAACAAAAAAGUCCCCAAAGUUUCAAGGUUCAUCUGAUUAUUUCAAUACAAUGCAAAAUUCCACAGAUUCAGGAAAUGUUCUAACAAACUUUAAAGAAUUGGAUAGUUCCAUUGAUAAAUCUCUCCAUAUGAACUUGCAUAAAAAGCCUAGCAUAUCCAAGGAAGAGUUUGAUGUGUGGAAGGUAACCCAAUCACCCCUGAAAGCGGUCAAAAAUACAGCAAAUUUGAAUGAUGGAUCAAAAGUUUUGGAAUCUGGUUUUUGGGAGAAAUGUAACAAAAUAUCGAAUUGCUUGCGAGGACUCAGAAAGAAAUCCAAAAAUUUGGAACAGAUCCGGACUGAAACCAGUAUUGCAAGAACAAGUUUUAAUUUGACUAAUUUCUCAGAAAAAUCUGGUGAUUAUUUGAAAGCCUUGGAGGUCGAAAAGCCAAGCACAUCAUUUGAAAAACUAGCAACCUCAGGAUCAGUUGACAGAGAAUGUACACUGUCUAAAAGGCCAUCCAGUGUUUCUAAAAGCACCAAUGUGGUCAAAGAAGAAACUACUAGGCAAUCCCCAAUCUGUCAAAAAGAAAUGUCUACAUUUUCAACAAGAAACUCUGAAAAUGUGGCAACAUUAGAAAUGACAAUGUAUACUAAGAAGUUUCAUAGCUUUAAAAUUGCAACAAAAAAAAAUGCUACGGAAACGAUGUCUCAGGCUUCAUCUAAAAAGUUAUUAACUUCAAGUGGUACUCGGUCUACUGGUAAAUCUUCAGACAGCGGUACAAAAUCUACCUCACCACCUCAGGAUCUUGUAUUGGUCUCACAACAGCUGGAUUCUCGGAUAAUAAGUACCGUUACCACUUUAACAAAUCGUGCUGAUAUGGAUACAGAUCAAAAGAUGGAAACAGCGGAAGCGCUACAAACAGCUCGACAUGAAAAGGUCUUGGAGGUGGAACUGGGACAGAGCUAUGGGGAACUGACGAGCAUGGAGAUAGACCCCCCACAGGAAGUAAAAAUAUCCUUGUCUGAAGUAAUUUCCCAGCCUGACAUUCUCCUUGUGCUUGACACCAACAUCUUUAUCAGUCACCUUAACUUUAUUGUAAAUUUGAAGGACCAUGGAGUAUCAGGUGUUGGAUUUCCAAUUUUAGUUGUCCCAUGGGUAGUUCUACAGGAACUGGAUUUCUUAAAGAAUGAAAAAGCCUCCAGAAAUGUCAAUCGCAAAGCUGUACCUGCUGUACAGUUUGUUUAUUCCUGCUUAAAAUGUCGCCAUCCGCAUGUAUGGGGCCAAUCCAUGCAACAGGCAGGUCAAAAGUUCUGUGGAUUAAGGGAAGAAAACAAUGAUGACCGCGUGUUGCAGUGUUGCCUGCAAUACCAGCAGUUGCACCCUUACGCCCACGUAGUUCUUUGCAGUGAUGAUAAAAACCUUUGCUGUAAAGCCCUGGUAAGCCAUGUCAAGGCUGUGAGAAAAGAAGAUCUCUUGACUGAAUUGAAUGACUUGAAACCUAUCAGAGAUGUCACGAGCACUCAAGAUCUUAAUAUCUUCAAUCAACCUCAAUCAGUGAUUGAUGUAAAAAAUCAAAAUGGAACUGGUAAUCAGCUCUUGUCAGCACAACUGUCAGCUUUGGAUGUUACUGGCAUUAUCUCUCAGCUGGAGAAGUUGCUAGGUUGUGCUCUGUCAACUAUUCUGGAAACAGAGAUGAAAAAAGUAUAUGAUGACCUUUGGACAGAGAUUUUAAUUGUGAAGCCUCCUUGGUCAUUGGAAGACAUAUUACAGUGCAUGAAGAAACACUGGAUGGCUGUGUUUGGAUUCAUUGUGAAAAGAAAUUUGCAAUCAUCCGUGAGAAGUUUGAGUGAUUAUCUUCAAGUGGGGAAGAGGCCAGAGUAUAAUCGCUUUACUCUUGCCUGGAUGUUGACAGAAUCGCAAAAACUGUUGCAAGCCUUCAACGCAAGAUCAGGCUAUGGCGGCGUACUCCCCCACACUUUGGCUGCCCUGGAGGAAUUAUACAGAGAGGUUUCCGAGGAUGACAUGAAAAAUGAAGGGAAGUCAAAAGAGACCCUUGAAAACGUGGACAUUUCAGUGCAGUCACUAUUGCAACGUGAACUUGAGAGAAAUAUAACUCUGCUCCCAUUCAACUCUGGGUAUCCAAUGUCAGCGAUGGAAAAUUCUCAAGUGGAGAACAAAAGACAACAAAUCUGGGCUACUUUUGAGAAUGUCUGGAAUAUAAUAUACAAAUACAGCUCGCUAAUUUUUGCAACCUUUAACCUUCCUCACAACUCAUUAGCUGUCGUAAUGGACAGCAAGCUGCCACUUCCUGAGGAAGCAUUUCAGAGCCUGCAAAAGCUGGUGCCUGCUGUAAAAGAACUGCUCGCAGGAAUUCAAAGAAUUUUGUCAUCUGAUAACAAUGUUCAAGACUUUGAGAAGCUCACGGAAAUUCUGCACCUCUUUCUAACAAAUGAGACAAAUAAUUCUGCUUCUGGAAUGUCCGCACAAGAUUUGCAUGAAUGCUUUACUCACGAAGAGUAUAGGAUGAAGCUGACUGUCGGAUACAGCCAACUGGCUGAGUUAACCUAUGGUUUGGAGCAAUGCAAUGCAGCAGUGUGUCUGGAGGCCAGAAACAGAGGCUUAGUUUAAAAUUGUGCACUGGUUCUUAUACACUAAUAUUUUCCACAAACUGUAUUUAAUUCAUUAUUUUGUACCAAUGCUCAUCUCUUAUUGUAAGAACAACAAAUUCUCUGUAUCAGAGGUAAAAAUGUAAAAUUUCAAUAAAGAAUACAAAUACAGCAUUUAAUACCAUUUAGUAAAUUUAUCAAAGGAACUUUGUCCAGCAUAUCAGUGUAGAUAUGUAUUUUGAGCAUUUAUUCUGGGUUAUUUUUGUUUUUCUACGAUCAAUUCCAUGGUUUAAAAAGGUCUCGGCAAAGACGUCUAAAAAGCAGUGAAUUACUAACAAAAUUUCCAAGGAGUUCAAUGUUACUCAGCCAAGUUUCAGUCACAGGUUUUUUUCCCAUAAGCAUUUGUUGUUGGGAGUUAUAUUUAGCUGUAAUGUUAUUUAAUUCAUCGGAAAUUUAGAACAGAUCCAAGUUUAUUUUUAUUUUAAUGGCCGAGUUGGAAAUAAAUAAGAAUAUUUUGACU